CCUAGGGAGAUCUGGCAUUAUUGAAGCUCAAAGUGUCAAACUAUGGAUCCUUAUAAGAAUCCUAAUCCGAAAGGGUACCAGCGACAGAGACCAUUUGGCUCAGCCGGCGAAGGUGGCAGCAGCGGCGGCUCCGAUAUGCCCCAUGAUAUAGAUGACAAUAAGAAGAAGAAGAAGCUUCUUCACCGCGACAUCGAACGCCAGAGAAGACAAGAAAUGGCUACACUGUAUGCUUCCCUUCGUAGUCACCUACCUCUCCAAUACAUUAAGGGGAAGAGAGCUGUUGCGGAUCAUGUAAAUGCAGCGGUUGGUUUCAUUAAGGACACAGAAACACGGAUUAAAGAACUCAGUGCAAGAAGAGACGAGCUAAGCAGAGAACAAACAUGUCAGAGAUCGGAUCCUGACCUAGCAAGAACUGGAUUCGAGUUAGGCAAAUCGGAUCCGGCGAGUUUGAUUGUGCAGCCAUGCGUGAACGGUUUCGAAGUGGCGGUGAGCAGCAACUCUUCAGGUCCUGACGCUUUGCCACUUUCAAGAGUGCUUGAGGCACUUCAGGAGUUAGGGCUUGAAGUCAUCAACUCUCUCACCACACGAGUAAAUGAAAGGCUCAUGCACACUAUUCAAGUCGAGGUUAAUACUUUCGGAUGCUUGGACUUAGCUUGGUUGCAGCAGAAGCUAGUCGAGGACUUGAUCCUUUCGCCGGGAAAUAUCUAAAGCUAUCUUGAAACUUCAUCUUGUGAGCGG